GUGCGCGCUCCCUGGGAGCACACAGCACCGCGAUCCACAGUGAAACACCGAUCGUCGGACGGGACGUCUGUACGAGGUCCCGAUCAUGUGAUCACUGAUUGGCCAAGUGAUCACAUGCAAAGUAGUAAGCACGAUGCUGUAAAAGCAAUCAUUUCUCUUUCUCUCUGGCUGCAUUCCUCAGGCCAUUGAGAAAUACUGUGAGAGCUGUGAUUGGUCACACAGUACAAGACUUUUGUGAAUGGCCCUGUACCAUGUGAUCUCUGUGAUCAUUCUUAGAU